AUGGCCGCCACGACAGACUCCUUGGUGGACGGCAGCGACAUCUCGCCGUCGGCGGCGCCCAAGGAGCGGCAUUCGCUGACGCUGGACCAGCGGCGCGCGCUGCGGCGCUGGGCCAACAACCAGACGAUCCGGCCGUCGCACAAGGCGUGCAUCGAGUGGUUCUUUGGCCAGUACGGCCAGCAGAUCAGCCAGUCGACCGUCUCGCACUCGCUGUCGCCCAAGUACUCGCGCCUCGACGGCGACAACCCGCAGCUGUCGGGCUCGCGCCUGCGCUUCGGCAACUGGCCCGACGUCGAGAAGCUGGUGCUGCUGUGGUACCAGCAGGUCCAGGCCGCCGGCCGCCAGCCCACCAACGAGGAGCUGGGCGAGAAGGCAAAGGCCAUCUUCAGCCAGCUGCCGCGCUACAAGGAGGAGACGCCGCCCGAGUUCUCGCCCGGCUGGAUCCACCGCUUCAAGAAGCGCUAUGGGCUGCUGAUCCGGCGCCAGCGGCGGCAUGGAGACGGCGGCAUCAACCCGGCCGACGACAUCGACUACCUGGCCGACUGCGUCCCGCGCUUCAUGGCCAUUGCCGCCGACACGAGCCCGGCCGCCAUCCGUGAGCAGGUCCUGCGUGUCGUGGGUGUCGAAUCGAGCCUCAACACCUGCGCCCUGGUCCGCGACGAGAUCAUCCGCCGUCUCGCCAACGCCCACGCCCAGCCCCUGCCAUCGCUGGCCCCCGUGGAGCCGACGCUCGCGCAGCCGCAGCCGGACCAGCCAAUGUACGCCGACGACGAUCCCGAGGUGGUGCUGCAGAACGCCCUACGACAGCUCCAGCAGGAGGAGCAGGCCGCUGAGGAGCAGGCUGCCGCCGUACGUGAGGAGAGGGAGCGCGCCGAGAGAGCCGCGGGGCUCCAGCAGCAGCAAGGCAUGGUGACGACGCCGAGCGGUCGUGCGCCGUCCGACACCCGCUACACCACGCCGGGCCAGGACAUGGCGCCCGAGCUGACGCUCACGCCGAUUCACUCCGAGGUUCCGCUCAGCACUCACGGGGAGAGACCGCUGCGAUGUCCGUUUUGCGUCAACCAGCGGAUGCUCCGUUCGAUCAAGGAGGCCGUGGAGCACAUGUCGACUCACGUCGUGGUGUAA